AUGUCGCACAACAUGUCUCCGCCUCAGCAGCAACAGCAGCAACAGCAGCAGCACCCUCAGCAUCCUCAGCUCCCUCCACACCAGCGACCCAAUCCUCACCUACCACACCAGUCGCACCAGCCUCACCAGCCCAUGCAGCCCGUCUCGCGUCCUUAUUCUCCUUAUCCACCAAGUUCGUCGCCGACUGCAAUCGCCCUACCUCCUGCCAAACGUCCGCGCCUUUCACCCAAUCCUCAGUCGCCGCACGCUGCACAGAGCCCGUACCCCCCGCCUCCUGCUCUUUCCGACUCUUCCUACGCCAACUACUCGCCCAUGACUGCUGGGAGCCCGCCCGCCUUCAAUGCCCCUCAACCCUACGCUCCCUCUCCUGUGCCCGGCGCCAUGGGCCCACCUCCAAGGCCUACUCAGGAAAAGGCAGAAAAAGAAGACAAGGAAAAAAUCACUGACAUCAGCGACGUCACCGACGUCUUCCAUGGCUCCGGUAUUGAUCUCAGGGAAGAGGAGAACUACAUGACCACCACCUACCGGAAUGUGCACAAAAAUCCCUCCUUCACUACUUCCUUUGGCUCAAACACAACUGUCGCUUCGCCAAACAAUAGCUUUGGUCUGGUCUCGCAAGGCAGUUUCGGAAGUCAGCCUGCCUUUGGCGGAAGCGGGCCCAUUUCACAACCACCCGUGUCGCAAGAAUCUGUCAAGAAUGAGCUCGACGAGAAACAUCGCGCUGCUGCACUGGCCCACAGUGAGAAGCGUCAGCAACAUCUCAACGACCCAUUUCUGCAAGCAAACAACAUCCGUCAUCGUAUGCAUAGGAUCGCUUACGACCAGGGUGUGGCCCUCAACGUGGAAGGUCUGUACGACAAACUACCCGAGCGUCCACAGGGCAUUCAAGGUGUCUCUGCGACUGGCCCCAAUGGCACCGCCGCAGCCGUCAAGGCACAUGGCUUACUUCAAGAGACGGCGCCCCUGGCUGAGAUACUCACCCUUGUAUCGCUCGCUGCGAACGAACGAGUGCGUUCCUUGGUCGACGAGUCAUAUGCCAUCGCUCGUGGAAGACGCUACGGUAGUCACGGAGUGGUCCCUCCCAGCUUGUCAGAUCUUGCAAUCGGCGAGAACGAAACGGCUGCCGUGGCUGAGAUACCGCGCAUCACCAACUCUGCUUGGGAGAAGGUCCCGGAAGACAACAUCAUUGGCCUAGAGGAUGGAGCGGUAAAGGCUGCGACUCCUGAAAACAAGCCACUACCAACAAAGUCGUUCUCUUCUGCCAUAUCUACUCAUCUAUUACAGUUGGCGAAACAGGACCGCGAUGCUGAGCGAGAACGUGUACGUAAACGUCAGGAACGUGCUAAGCGCGCCAACAAUAGCCUGAACGCGGACGGUGUUGGUGGUAUUGAUGCAACAUCCGGCCCUGCAACGCCCUCUGCAGCGGCCGCUCCUUCUUCCGCAGAUCCUUCCAGUCAAGCUGCUCCAGAAAAGCCGAUGACCAAAAAGGAACGCGAACGACAGGCUAAGAUGGGCCAGACCGAGGAAGUCCUCCACAAAAACUCCAACACAACUGCCGCCCUCCAGCUGGGAAUGGGCAAGAAGAAGAAGUAUAGUUGGUUAACGGGUGGCGCACCAGCGGCACCUGUGAACCCGUACAAGCAGACGCCGAAAUCUGCUUCCGCUAUCGCAGCGACAAACGGCACUGGCGGUGGGAAAAGUUCCUCGGGCAGCGGCAAUAGCACAGAUAUGGCAUUACAGGCCCGCGAACGGAAGUGGGGAAGUUGGAGAGAAGACGGCGUGGAAGGCAGAGGCAUUCAGAUCAGAGAUUGGGUUGUCGUUCUUGACAGAGAUGGCAAAGAGAAAAAGGCACUCCAGAAGAGCCUGCUGAAGCUUGACAGCUCGGGAGAGUAA